AUGAUGCCAGGUUGGCCAGCGACGCAGCAGGCGCCAGGCGUUGCCCAACAAUCGACACCGGCCUCGUAUGCCUACCCACACAACCCUGCCUUCAUUCCCGUUGCCGUUCGCCAAACGUUUGGCCAGUACGCAGCCGUCGCCGGCGGAUAUGUCCCUCCACCACCACCUGUACAACCCCAAAUGACUACCGCUUCGCCUGUGAAUGGUGCAACCCCAGCGCCCGAACAGGCUAAGGGGAAAGUUGACUGGCCCGAAUCAGUCCGAAAUUAUGUCCAGCGAUCCUUCCUUAUCGACAAUGAUUUGCCCUCUGUGUCUCGUUCGGAUAUCGAGAAUAGGCUUAAGAGCAUCAUCGGUUCCGCCAAGGAGAACGGAUCGCUCUACACGAUCGACUGGGAUACCAUGCCCCUGCCGCAGGCCAUUGUCAAGGCCGAACGUGAUGCGGAGCUCAAGCACGCCGUGAAUGCGUCGUCCCCUUUGCGUGCCCGCGACUCACUCAACCCCAAGAAGCGAAAAUCCUCCGAAUUUGCCAAUGAUAACACCCCCUGGCUCUCUACUAACUCGCGAUCUUCUCUGGAGGACCGCAUUACCUACCCGUCACCCGAAAAACGCUCUGCCAUGGACGAACCCCUGCCGAAGUCAAGUAAGUUCCAAAAGGAAGCCAACAAACGGAAACGUCGGUUUGAAAGCGAAUACAAGUCGCUUAGAUCGCCCAGCCCGCCGCCGCCAUCGUCAGGCCCUAUCGUGGGCACAUGCGAGAUUUUGGAGAAGAAGUACUUGCGUCUCACGGCCCCUCCAGUCCCUUCCAAAGUCCGGCCCGUGCAUAUCCUGCGUCAAACUCUGGAUUUCUUGAAGAAGAAGUGGAAGAAGGAGAGCAACUACUCGUAUAUCUGUGAUCAGUUCAAGUCGAUGCGCCAAGACUUGACCGUACAACACAUCAAGGACGACUUUACCGUUUCGGUCUAUGAAAUCCAUGCCCGCAUUGCCUUGGAGAAGGGGGAUAUCGGUGAGUAUAAUCAAUGCCAGACCCAGCUGCGAUCGUUGUAUGCCUUGGGUCUGAAGGGCAACCCUAUUGAAUUCAAGGCGUAUCGUAUCCUUUAUUUUAUUCACACUGCCAACCGAACCGGCUUGAACGACACUUUGGCAGAUCUAACCACAGCAGAGAAGGAGGAGAAGGCGAUCAAGCAUGCUUUGGAGGUGCGAUCAUCACUGGCGCUGGGUAACUACCACAAGUUUUUCCAGCUUUACCUCGACACCCCUAAUAUGGGAGCAUAUCUGAUGGAUAUGUUUGUUGUCCGAGAGCGGCUUGCUGCGUUGUGCAACAUUUGCAAAGCAUACAAGCCUGAUGUUAAACUUCGCUUCAUCACUGAGGAACUCGGUUUCGAGUCUGAUGCUGAUGCAGCCCAGUUCAUCAUUGACUAUCAGGGUCAACACCUUCUGGAAGAUCGGACAGAGUACAUUACGUUCCUGACUGGCAAAGCUGGUCUACUCUUCGAGAACGCUCGGUCCGCUGCAUUCCGGAAAGUGGACAUCAAAGGCCAGAUUUGA